AUGGUGCUGCCAGCUAGGGCCCCAUAUCGUAUGUCCCCACCAGAAUUGGAGGAAUUACGGAAACAGUUAAAGGAGCUUUUAGACGCGGGAUUCAUUAGGCCAUCUAAAUCUCCGUAUGGUGCACCAGUGCUAUUUCAAAAGAAACAUGAUGGGUCAUUUCGAAUGUGUAUCGAUUAUCGGGCCCUAAACAAGAUCACCGUAAGGAAUAGGUACCCUAUUCCCCUCAUUGCAAAUUUGUUCGACCAACUUGGUAGUACGAGAUGGGUUACCAAGUUGGACUUGAGAUCGGGGUACCAUCAAGUUCGGAUAGCCGAAGGAGACAAGCCAAAGAUAGCUUGUGUGACACGUAAGUCACUCGAUGAACAUGUGGAGGAUUUGAGGGAAGUGUUCCAAACUUUGAGGGAAAAUGAGCUAUUCGUCAAAGAGGAGAAAUGCACCUUUGCUCCACGAGAGGUGCCAUUUCUAGGUCACAUUGUAGGAGGUGGCAAGAUCCGGAUGGAUGAAAGCAAGGUUCGGGCCAUUGCCGAGUGGGAGGCUCCAACCAAGGUGAUAGAGUUGAGAUCUUUCCUUGGGUUGGCAAACUACUAUAGACGCUUUAUCGAAGGUUACUCUAGAAUUACUGCACCCUUGACGGGCAUGUUGAAAAAGGGUAAGGUAUGGGAUUGGAACCCACAGUGUGAGAGGGCCUUCAAUCAAUUGAAGCAAGUAAUGACAAGUGAGCCCGUACUUGCAUUACCGAAUUACUUGAAGCCUUAUAAAGUACGCACGGAUGCGUCAGAUUAUGCCAUUAGAGGAGUACUGAUGCAAGAGGGUCAUCCCAUUGCUUUCGAAAGUCGAAAGCUUAAUGAGACGGAACGGAGAUAUACGAUCCAAGAAAAGGAAAUAACCACUGUGGUGCAUUGCUUGCGCACAUGGAGGUAUUAUUUACUGGGUUCCAGGUUUGUGCCGAAAGAUGGAAUUCGCGGCCAUCAGUCAACUCAACGGUUCUUAUUAGAGCGCAUUCGAGAAGGGUUGUAUCAUGACCCCAUAGCCAAAGGCUUGAUUGAGUUGGCCAAGGAGGGGAAAACGAUGGGAUUUUGGCUUGAUGGGGAACUACUAUACACCCAUGGGCACCGCCUCUAUAUGCCUCACUUUGGGAAAUUGCGCAAGGAAGUCAUGAAAGAAUGCCAUGACUCACGAUGGGCGGGCCAUCUGGGAAUACACCGUACCUUGGCCCUUUUGAAGGAUCGAUACUAUUGGCCUCACAUGGGUGAAGAUGUGGAGACCUAUAUGAAGACUUGUCUAGUAUGCCAACAAGACGAGGUUGAGUUAAAGAGUCCCGUCGGCUUGUUACAACCCUUGCCCAUUCCGGAAAGGCCAUGGGAGAGUGUAUCCAUGGAUUUUAUUGUGGGUUUGCCUAAGUCUGACGGAUUUGCAAGUAUUCUUGUUAUGGUAGACAGGUUUUCAAAGUAUGCAACGUUUAUUUCUGCUACCAAGGAGUGCCACAUUGAGGGGGCAGCUCGCUUAUUUCUUAGACACGUGGUAAAAUAUUGGAGAGUGCUACUGUCUAUUAUCAGUGAUCGAGAAGGGAGAUUUACGGGCCGGUUCUGGACAAAGCUGUUCAAGUCAAUGGGCUCGAACUUGAACUUUUCAACAAGUAUGCAUCCACAAAUUGAUGGGCAAACGGAACGAGUGAAUGCAUUGUUGGAGACAUAUCUUCGACAGUAUCGAAGUGGGGCAACGAAUCAAAGUCCAUUCGAAAUAGUGACAGGUCAACAGCCACUCACACCUAACGCUGUUGCGACCCAUUAUACAGGACCAAAUCCUACUGCAUAUGGAUUUGCGAAGGAUUGGCAAGAAAAGAAUGACUUGGCUAGGGCUUGUUUACACAAAGCAAGCAAGCGCAACAAGAAGUGGGCCGAUCAGAAUCGAAGGGAUGUGCAGUUUCAGGUUUACACAAGGGGCUUGUGCGGAGAUCGUAUGGUGAGACGAAGGUAUCAUCGACCACGACAUGAAUACUUGGUACAAUGGAAAGGACUACCUGACAGUGAAGCAAGUUGGGAAAUUGCCAAGGCAUUGUGGCAAUUCCAAGAGAAGAUAGCCCCGUUCCAUGAGGGGGACGUGAUGAGGGCGUCGCUAGAACAAGUAGGGGAGAAUGUCAUGGGUUGCAAAGGGAAAUGUCAUGGGUUGCGAAGGGAAACUUGCAACCAUGAUGGACUUAUGUGA